AUGAAAUAAAAUAAUUAUCUUCGACAUGGUUGCACUUAAACUCCAACUCUCUAUUAAUCACUAACUUACUUGCUUUACUUUCCAAAUAUCUUAAACUGUUUUCUAUUAAUAUCUUUACUUGAUGAAUCAGUAAGUGUAUUAUUGGUAAUUAGGUUAUACAUUAUAUACUAUUAGGACUUUUAACUUUACUAUCAUUGUUUUCUAGUAUUAAAACUACUCUUAGUUGUCCAACUGAUUAAUUUUUGAUAUUGCAAAUAUAGUAUCGCAAAAAUGGGUAUAAUUAUCCAUUUAUAUAGAAAACAUUUCAAUUAUGAAAAUUACAAAUUAGAUUCAUAUUGUGAUAUUUGUGAAGCCUAUGUUAAAGAAAAUACAAAACAUUGUAAACAUUGUAAUAGGUUAUUCUAAUUUAUUAUUUUAGAUGUUGUCAAGAUUUUGAUCAUCAUUGUAAAUGGGUUAAUAAUUGUGUUGGGAUUUUAAAUUAUAAAAUUUUUAUGAUGAUGAUAACAUCAACCAUGUUUCAACUCUUUUACACAUUGAUUGUUUAUAUCAGAAUUAUCAUAUUAUAUAAUACUGAAUAUGAAAAACUAUAAAUAGACAAUGAAAUUCAAAAGUUUGUAACAAAUUUCAUAUUAGUUUAAGCAUUUUUAUGAUGAAAAUGAUUUAGAUAUAAAAUACACACUCUCAAUAAUUAUGCUUGUGGAUUCAUUUAUUUUUUCUAUAUUACUCCUUUAAUUAUUCAUUUUCCAUAUUUAUCUUUCAAUUAAAGGAAUUACAACUUAUGAAUUCAUAGUAAAACCUAAUAUCAAAAAAGUAAAUCCAUAAAUUAAUGUUCUUAAUAUCAUACCAGAAGUUAUACCAAAUGAAAUUACAUAAAAAAACAUAAAUAUUUAAAUGGACAAUAAAAAUACAAUGUACUUCUUAUAAUAUUCAUUUAUAGAAUCGAAUUAAAUUGUAGUGAAUAAUAAUUGGCCUAAGAAUCCUAAGAAAAAUAGAGUGAUUAAACAGAAAUAAUUUUAAAUAAUUAAGUCCUAUAAUGA